AUGUGCUUCCGCCUUGCAGUAUUUACGCUGUUCGCUACCGUAUCUGCGUGGGGAGUCACGUCACCGCCCAUCCUCGACAAUGGUGUUACCAGUCUACCCGAAGUGGAUUGUAUGGAGGAUAGAGUGCGUUUAACCUUCAAGACUCAACGGCCAUUCCAGGGAAGGAUCUUCGUUAAAGGCAUGGUUGAUAAAGAAGCAUGCGUAAGCAGCUACCUCAGUAACACGAAUCCAGACGUUGUAUUCGAACUGGAGAAUGGAGCGUGUAAUAUGCGGCGUACAAGAAUGCUUGGCCCAGAACAACGGGGUGUUGAGCAGUCAAUAACAAUCAUCAUAUCCUUCCAUUCAACUUUCAUUACAAAAGUGGACAGGGCAUACAGAUGCACAUGCUUCUACAUGGAAGCGGACAAAGUCGUCACAAGCAGAUUUGACGUCAGUAUGCUACCAACGACAGAUCUUAUCGACACAGCACGGAUGCCUCUUUGCACAUACUCUGUGCGACGCGAAUCUAUCACUGGCCCUAUCGUACAGUACGCUCAAGUUGGCGAUCCGGUAUUCCACGUUUGGCAAUGUGAGAGCGACAUGUUCUCGAUGUUGGUGCAUAGCUGCUUCGUCGAUGACAGCAACGGACAGGAUCGAAAACCAUUCCUUGAUGAGCAUGGGUGCGCGAUCGAUCCCGUCAUCGUUCCCGAUCUAAUUUACAACAAGGAGAAUAAUCUGGCAUAUGCACAAGUCAACGUCUUCAAAUUUGCCGAUAAAAUAACGACAUACUUCCAAUGCGCAGUAAGCACUUGCAUGAUCUCUGAAGGAAUGUGCGAAGGAAAGACACCCCCAAGAUGUGGACCAGUCGCUCAGCAGCAGCAUCUACGUCUGGUUCGUUCCGCUUCUGAACUUCGAAACAGCACUCGCUCUUCAUGGGUUCAUCUCGAUAACACCAUGGAUUUAUCAGCCCAAAAAAUCACCGUUCUCGAUUUGGAAGAGAACGCCAAAGAGGAUCCCUCCACUCCGGCUCGUCUUCGUCUCGGAUCUGCCCUUGUCGGAAUGCAAACCGAUGCCGUUUGCGUCAGCUCACGUGCUGCCGCCAUUCUCACAUCCCUCGGCACUGGAUCCACUCUAUUAGCUGCCAUUGUCACAUUCUACACUAUCAUGAGAUACAGAAGAGGCUUCGACAAAACCCAAAUACGUUAG